AUGGGCAUUCAGGGCUGGAAUGGCUACGUCAAUAACCUAGACACAGCCGUGACAUACACGGCUGCUAUUUUAGGCCUCAAGCUCCAAAAUGUUGUCAAUGACCUUUGGCCGAAAAUGGAGGAUAAACUCACGCCGCUUAAAGUACUCAUAGGAUGGAUCGACGGUGUCCUGAACGCCUUUCCGGCCACCUCGUUGAUUGAUCAGGGCAACAUCGCAGGUUUUAAUAUCAUUGCCUCCGGCCUGCUCGCCCCGCCGGACCCGGACGACGAGUAUCUUCGCUGGAGCCAGAUUGCCGACCAGGUGGGGUCUGUGAUCAAUGGGUACAAAACAGCUAUAGGAGUCUACGCCAAGAAAGUGAUUGACGCCCCCAUCGCCGACCCGCAAUGGGGCAUCAACAGAGUCCUAGGCGGCGGCACGUUCCUCUAUCGCAGCACAAACUUCACCCAAGACGACUUCGACGCCUGGAUGUACCAGAGCGUUGAGAUUAACGCCAUAGGAACGAUCUUGCAGGCCCAGAACGCUUACAUCAUCAGGACCUUUAAUAAAACCGAUUGCGAGGAGACGUCGGAUGCGGUCUUGUGCGAGAUGCAGCCUAACAGCGCGUGGACUGAGUGGCGGUUGCACAAAAAAGACAGCGAUGACUGGCCGCCGGAGAGCGGCCUGGCUACUAAGCUGAUCCAAUCUUACGGCUUCACCAAGCAGACCCUAUUUAAGGGCCCGUCUAAUUGUUUCGAUUGGAAUGACUAUGUGCAGUUGACAAAUCCCUGGGAUUCAGCGGCGGCGAGGGGAUUCAGCCUAGACCCAUGGGUGGCGUGUAACUUCAAUCUCAAUGUCUGCAACUUUGAUGCAGCCGAGGACGACAAGGGCAUAGGAGACGUAGAAAGAUAUGUUCCCGGGCACACAGACAACAUGUGUGGACGGGAAGGAAUCAUUUGGAAUUAA